AUGAGUGACUUUCAAGUGAAUGGGAGAUGCUUGGCUUACCAUGGCCCAUUGUUGUACGAAGCCAAAAUCAUUGAAAACGCGAAGGAUGAAGAUAUCCCUGAGGAAUUGUUUGGUGAAGAUGGUUAUUUCAUUCAUUACAAAGGUUGGAAGUCUACCUGGGACGAAUGGGUUACACAACGUCGUCUGAGAGCUUAUAACAUUGAGAAUUUGAGAUUGCAAAAAGAAUUAAAGAAAGCAGCAUUAAGUUCAACUUCAACUGUUUCAGCUUCUUCUGGUAAAAAAUACGUGGAUACAAAACAAAGUAAUGGUUCAUCCUCUAGAUCGGCAAAGAGAAGGAGUGAAAUGGAUUUGGAAAAAGAAGAAGAUUACUUGAGAAGACCUGAAAUUAACAUUUUGAUACCUGAUCCUUUGAAAUCCUUAUUAGUUGACGAUUGGGAAAUUGUCACUAAAGAACAUCAACUAUUACAACUACCUUCUAAACCAUCUGUUAAUGAUAUCAUAAAACAAUAUAAACAAUUUGUUGGUAGAAAAGGUGGAAGCACAGAGGCUGAAAUUAUGGAUGAAUUCCUUUCAGGGUUGAAAGUUUAUUUCAAUAGAUCUUUGGGAAAUUUACUUCUUUAUAGAUUUGAAAGACAGCAGUACUUGAACUUGACAAAAGAUCCAGAAUUCAACGAUAGAGAAUUGAGCUCUGUUUAUGGUGCUGAACAUUUAAUGAGAUUGAUGGUCACUUUACCAGGUCUAAUUGCUCAAACAACAAUGGAUCAACAAAGUGUUGGUACUUUAAAAGACCAUGUUGAAGAUUUCCUCAAAUUCUUGGAUAAGAACAAAAAAGAAUUCUUUUUAAAACGUUAUGAAAAUGUCUCUCCAAGUUAUGAAGCAGAAGCUAAAAAUGCUUAG